CGAGCUGUGGACGGCGCAUGCGCAUGCCCGGCCGCGCCUCUGUGUCUGCGUUUCCGCGGUGUUUAGGGCCUUGUGGCGGCCUCUUUGGUCCGAAUUGUGCUUCCGGCGCGAGGGUCACGGACAAGAUGGUUCCGCCGGUGCAGGUCUCUCCGCUCAUCAAGGUGAACCAGGCUCCGCAGCCGCCGCCGCUGAUCGGCUCUGCGUGGGCAAAGCGCGUGAGCGUCUCGCUCGGCCGUUACUCCGCCCUGUUCCUCGGCAUGGCCUACGGCGCCAAGCGCUACAAUUACCUUAAACCCCGGGCAGAAGAGGAGAGGAGGCUCGCAGCCGAGGAGAAGAAGAAGCGGGAUGAGCAGAAGCGCAUCGAGCGGGAGCUGGCGGAAGAGGCCAGCAACCAGAGCCAGGCUCCACCCUCCCUGACUGCGGGGCAGGUCCUAGUGAGGACCCGCGGGUCAAGGAAGGCUGAGGACAGAGUGGAAACGGAGCAUAGCCAGGCUGCGUGAGAAGAGACGCUGGAUGGUUUAGCCCCAAAAUCUAUGGGCAUGUGCCUGUGUAAUGGAGUGUUUUCCUUCUAACUUUCCAGCCCAGGAGGAUACCAUAUUGAAGUGAGCCAGCCCUUCUCCGGAGCAGUAUGGAUGAAUAAAGUUUUCUGUGCUCUGUCA